UUAAAAUAAAACAUCACGGUUCACGUCUAAAAUUUUCGAUGAAAAUAAUUUUAUUUCUAACAUAGUUACGUAAAUUGUUUGGUAAUGAAGUAUAUUUCUGUUAGUCUGAUUAUUUCUUUAGUUUUUGCAGGGUAUAUUUUAAAUACAAUAUGGACUUUAGCUGAGAUUUUCAUUCCACCAAAAUGCAGUCGUGGCGAACGAUGUUUCUCUUCAUAUUUGGCUUCAAAUCCUGUUCAGCACCUCGUUCUGUAUACUUCCGUAAAAGAGUUUCCUUUCACCGAAAACUCUAUAUCUGAAUCUGUCACAAAAGUUCAUACAGCGAUGAAAUUUGACUACAAAAACCCGGCUACUUUCGAUAUUACUGUUAAGAUUCCACGUAAGACCCGCAACAAUGGCACAUUAUUUAUGCAUGCUGUUUUGUUGGAUGACAACCGCCUGUACAAAGAUUUUGAUGAGAUCUAUCGAACAGAGUCUGUGCACACUAUGCCAUUAGUUACUCAUACGGAACCUCAAGCUGAAACAUUCAACCUGUUACAGAAAAAUGCGGAUGAAACUAAAAAACCAGUCUUGAAUGUGAGACCAUUUGCUCACAUUACAAGUGUAGCCCCAUUGUCGAUUUUGGCGGAUGAACUGAUUCUACCUGCUAAAAAAAUCCCUGGAGAGCUUUAUCCUUACAUAAGAGUAAGAGGAGGAAAAUUCUUGCCGAUACUACAACAGAAUGUGCUCAAGUUCCGUAUGUCAAACCUGAGACUUCUGAACAGCAGCACAACACAAGUGAACAUAACUGUGAAUGUGUCUCCAACGUCAUAUGGAUCUUUCCGGCUGGCACUCCACGUGAGGUUGGCGUUAGAUCAGCUUCUGUCUCUCGGAUUUAGCAAGCAAGAUGUGGAUGAUGUGAAAGGGAUAUUUGCAGAUACAAACCUGUACUUGCUAUCAGCAACAGUUUUGAUAGCUAGUUGUCAUCUGCUAUUUGAUUUCCUGGCGUUCAAGAAUGACGUCUCGUUCUGGCGGCGCAAACGUUCUCUGGCCGGAUUGUCUGCGCGCACGGUGUUUUGGCGCGCUUUCUCGCAGUUCAUCAUAUUCUUCUACCUUCUGGAUGAAAAAUCGUCGCUGUUAAUACUUGUGCCGGCUGGCAUAAGCCUCCUAAUUGAGCUAUGGAAAGUGAAGAAGAUCCUUCAUUUACGCGUGUCGUGGGCUGGCUGGCGUCCUCGCGUGUACCGCGUGGCGUCUGAUAUUGAUGCGGCUGAGCGCAGCACGCAGGCGGCCGAUGCGGAAGCCAUGCGAUACCUGGCGAUGCUGCUGUACCCGCUGUGCAUUGCUGGAGCUAUUUACUCGCUAGUCUACGAGCCGCACAAGAGCUGGUACUCAUGGGCGCUCCACAGCGUAGUAAACGGCGUAUACGCGUUCGGUUUCCUAUUCAUGCUGCCGCAGUUAUUUGUAAACUACCGUCUGCGCUCGGUGGCGGCGCUGCCGUGGCGAGCGUUCAUGUACAAGGCGUUCAACACGUUCAUAGAUGACGUGUUUGCGUUCAUCAUUACAAUGCCGACUGCGCAUCGAGUGGCCUGCUUCCGCGAUGAUUUGGUGUUCUUGGUGUAUCUGUACCAAAGAUGGUUAUAUCCAGUGGACAAAUCUCGCACCGACACCGCGGCCAGUAUGGACGAGAAUCCAGAGGAAGAACCGCUGAAACAAAAGGAGGAAUAAAAGUAAACUGUUUUUAUACUAAGUAGUGUUGUUGUUGGUCGUGUGUUAGUCACAAAAGUCUGGCUUGAUGAUACUUUUUGUUGAUGUCUGGUCUCGUUUGAGAAUGAAUUGGAUGAAGAAUGAAAUAAAACAGAGGUUUUUUCAAAUUAACGAAUAACGAUUAACGGUUUUUUAAAUUAACGUUCGUUAGAAAAUGCUGAUAAAAAUAAUGCAGACUAGAAACAUCAAAAUUAUUUUCAUUUAUUUAAAAUCACAUAAAACAACAUAAGUGUUUACAUGAUUGUUUUCGCGCAAUUGUUGUCACACAUAAAACAUUAUUGAUGUGGGUGUAAAAUCAAAAUCCGGACUGUAGUCUAAUUUGCAGAAAGGUUUAAUUCAAUAUUUUUUUAUUAGCGAAAUAUUCCGGCGCAUUACAAAAUAUUUACAUAUUUUGUAACUUCUGUGUCACACAAGAGAUUAGAAGAGAUUAGAAGCAAGGGUGACUUGAGAAACUGGGCUUUAUUGUGCGAAAAGGGUAGGUUCUAUAAUUGUUUACAAUCCAUAUAUUCUGACAAAAUUACGGCGCAUUACAAACUAUUUUUAUAUGAGGUAAACGUAUUUGUAAGUAAAUAAUGUAAUCUAGCAUGUUUAGAGGCUGAAAUGUAAACCCAUCGCAACGCAUAGAGGCUGUAUUGGGUGCUAUGACAAUCGGCGCGGUAAAUUAUUGGUUAAAUAAAUUAUAAUUUAAAUAAAUGUAGUGCAGUCAAUUGGCUUAGUGUAGUAUUUAAAUUAAAAAGACAAGAGAAUUAUAAUAUGAAAUUUUUAAGUAAUUAAAAAUAGGAAACGCUCAACGAAAGUAUACUUAUACAUAAAAUAAGUUUUAGUUCUUAAAUACCAAUAUUUAAUGGUUUGUUUUAAAUGAUUUUUACAAUAUCAUAUUCAGUCAAUAAAAUCAAAUCAUUGGAAAUUAGGAGUAACACACAUAUAUUUUAUGUUGUUGCAUUUAAUAAAAUAUGUUAAUCUAUGAUGAAUAAAUGAGCUGUUAUGUCCAACAUAGGGUUGGUCCACAGGUUGGCCCAUCAGAGUAAUAAGUUUAUAACUAAAUAGUCAUAAAACAUUUGUCGCGCUAUGGCGCUGCAGUCAUUCGCUGCAGCUGUGCGAUAUAAGAAGAUAUGAAAAAUCAAAUAAAAUAAAAAAGUCUCAAGUAGUAUUUAUUUACAUGAAUUUAGCGCACAAUUUAAUAAUCGGUUAGUACGCUAGAACUUACGCUGUUUUCUAAUUUCAAUUAAUAAAAUUCCUCGUGUUUUAUACACGCGAUCAUUAGUAAUUUAUUUAAAUAUGUUGUUAUUUGUAAAUUUACUUAUUUAUGUUGUUGAAUUUGCGGUUAAGCGCUGGGCGGAUUAAAUAGGUUAUUUUCCGUCCCUCUUAGUAAAAUAUACCAGUAUACAUAUAAUAUUCUUAUGUAAUGUGAAUUCUGUAUCAAACACACAAUAUUUUAAGGCAUUUAAUUUAUUAAUUCGGUGUAUUGCAGUGUUAUAUUUGUAUAUUACGUGCUACAUUUGUAUAUUUUGAAAGACUGUGAAAAGGGUAUGUAGUUUUUUUACAAUGGCAAUAAAAGAUAUCUGAUGACUAAUAAAUUAAAAAUAAUGUUGUAAUUAUAUUUUAUUUUGUGUAAUAUUUGUUUUCUUCCUUAUAAGUCGGCUAGAUUGACGUUUAAAAAGACUCUUGUGACUACGGAUCUCUUAGUUUGCCUUUCCUUUAAUGGGACAUGUUGUAUCACAUAUUUUAUCUAAUUUUGCAUUUAAAAAAGCUACGAAUAUGUUAUGAAAAUAUUUUUUUAUAUUAUUAUCGUGUAUGUAAUAUGAUAUUUUUUAUUUUGUAUUAUUUAAAUAAGAUAACAUCACAAUAGUUUGUAGUUGUGUGGUG